CGGGAAGUGCCGCCGGAGACCGGAAGUGCCGCCGCUUCCGGUGCGGGAAGGGAGCGGGGCGUCCCACGCGGAGGCACCGGCGGGACCGGGAGGGGGCACCGGCAUCGAGAGGGACCGGAUCGGGACAGGCAGGGCAGGACCUGACCUGGAUCUCAUCGGGACAGGCAGAGACACCAGCACCGUGGUGGAGCAGGAUUGGACCAGGAUUGGAUCGGGACAGGCAGGGGCACCGCACCAGGACUGAACCGGCGCAGACCGAGUGAGGCGAGGAGGAGCCACCACCCGCCACCAUGUCAUCCGCCUUCAGGAAAGCCGCCAAGUCAGGGCAGCGCCCGCACCGUGAGCGAGCACAGCCUGCCUCACGGAAGAAGCUGGGGUUGCUGGAGAAGAAGAAGGACUACAGGCUCCGCGCUGAUGACUAUCACAAGAAACAAAAUGCCCUCAGAGCACUUCAAAAGAAGGCUCUGGACAAGAAUCCUGAUGAAUUCUACUUUAAAAUGAUACGUGCAGAGCUCCAGGAUGGAGUUCAUGUAAUAAAGCAGCCAAAGGAUGAAGUGACCCCUGAGCAGAUGAAGCUGAUGAGGACACAGGAUAUUAAAUACGUGGAGAUGAAGAGAGUAGCAGAAGCCAAGAAAAUCGAGAGGCUGAAGUCGGAGCUCCAUCUCCUGGAUGCUGAGGGGAAGCAGCCCAACAAGCACGUGUUCUUUUUCGAUACCAAAAAAGAAGUUCAGGAGUUUGAUAUUGCAACUCACCUGGAUACUGUUCCAGAGCUCGUAAACAGAGUGUACAACCGACCGACCAUCGCAACGUUGCAGAAGGAGACCCUGAAAGGAGCUACUGAUCCUGUCCAACUCAAGAAAUUAGCCCAGCAAAGGAAGAACCAGUAUGACCUCCUGAAGCAGCGCAUUGAAAGGGAAAAGGCCAUGUUUGUCAUUGCACAGAAAAUUCAGACACGUAAAGAUCUGCUGGACAAAACUCAUAAAGUAAAGGUGAAGAAAGAGACAAAAAAUAGAUCAGCUAUUUACAAAUUUAAAUUUCAGCGGAAACGUUGACCAUUCCUUUAAAUAAUUAUUACUGUCUUCACUUAGAAAGAAAGAAUUCAUCAUGUGAAGGACUGGUACACUGGAUCUGCUUGGUUUUCACUGCAGCCUGCCACUUCGUUAAAACAAAUUACUGUGGGCCUGUGGUAGCCAUAGAUACAUUGUAUCUAAUUAAUUGAUUAAUAAAUCAGUGAGUUUGUU